CUCCCAUCCACCAGCUCGGCUCUCCUACGCCAGCAGCGGUGGUGUGUCACCGAGGUUGGGCUGCCGCCGGAGAGACUCGGAGUCACGGCAAACAACCAUCCAGUCGACCGAAGCUGGAAUCGCACUGGGGCUGAGGGGCUUCGGUUUGGAUCCCCGCGCCUCUCUAUCUGUCACCGCCGCCGUCUCCUCCCGAUGUCGGACUUCAAGCUCGGGAUCGUACGGCUCGGCCGUGUGGCCGGGAAGACAAAAUACACACUGAUCGAUGAGCAAGACAUACCGCUUGUGGAAAACUAUGCAUUCGAGGCGCGCAUGGAGGUAGAUGCGGAUGGCAAUGGAGCUAAGAUCUUUGCCUACGCUUUCGACAUUGGCAAAGGCCGCUGGGCAGGGAGGCCUUUGCAUGAGCUUCUCUGGGAGAAGCACCGAGGAGGCAUCGCCCCCAGUUUCCAAGUCAUCCACAUCAACUCUGUGACUGUGGACAACCGGCUAGACAACCUGCGACUGGUGCCAGUGGGCUGGAGCCCCAAGCCGGAGGAGAUUUCCAGCAAACAGAGAGAGCAGUCCCUGUACUGGCUGGCCAUCCAGCAGGUACCGGCCGACCCAGUGGAGGAGCAGUAUCUGGAGCUGAGCCGCACACGCUACUACAACGCCAAUGGGGAGCUGGUGGAGGAAGAGGAGUGCUCCUGCACCUACUAUGAGUGUCACUAUCCUCCUUGUUCACUCAUUGAGAGGAGGCUCCGAGAGUUCAACAUCUGCGGCCGCUGCCAGGUGGCGCGUUACUGCGGCUCCCAGUGCCAGCAGAGGGACUGGCCCGCCCACAAGAAGCAGUGUCGCGAGCGCAAGCGGGUGCUGGCUCUCGAGUCGGAGCCCGAGCGAUGAUCCGACCCCAUCCUCGCCUGUCAGAGGAGGAGGUGGAGCUGGGACGGGACGGGACGGGAGGGUAGGGAAGGGUUGAACUCAUGGGAGGGGAGCGGGGAUGAAGUGCGAAACCAGUGCAGGCGGAGUUGCUGAACAGCGACUAACGGCGGAGGACAAUGUUGGUUGCGUGAUGGAUUCAGGAGAAAAGAAGAUGGAAAAUGAAGCAAAAAGACAUCUGCCACUUUCCAGAACUGGUAUUUCUCCAUUGCUUGCUGGAUGGCGGGGAAAGGUAUUAAUCUAAUCCCUUUUUUUUUUGGUCAUUAUUUUUCUCGAGGGGGGGGGAGACCCUCGAGAUCCACCUGCUGCUAUGGUUUGGUAUGUGAGAAAGGGGGGGGGGGGGUUGUCUUGUUGAUGAACUGGACAAUCUUCUUUGGCCCACAAAAAAGACAGUCGUCGUCACCCACAUUAGGUCCUCCACCCAGUCGGCGGGUGGGGUUUACGUGACUUCUGUGCAGACGGGGGGAGGGAGGGGGCAGCAGUACCUGUUGGUCAACCGGUACAACGGGACACAGACCUUUUCACUGUAUUGCUCCCUCUCUGCACACGUCGCCGCUGUCUCAUCCUGGUCAUUGACACAUUGGCCACGCCCCUUUCCCUUGCCCCUCCCCCUGCAGCCAACCGUCAGAUGGAUUUCACUGAUUGAAUCACUCUGUCAGUAUUGAGUGUGGGAGUGUUUGUGUGUGUGUGUAUGUUUGUGCUGCCAAUCUGUACAGAAGGACAUUGAAAUGGUCUACAUGGGUUAAUGGCAGGGUAAAUGUAUGUCUUUUCUCUUCAAGGGGCCAUAUUACAGUUUUAAAUUUCAUAUUUAAUCGUAAAUUUGAUGGGUUAAAUAUUUUCACUGUUCUAUAAUAAAGUAGCUGCCAAAUAAAGGCUAUUUUCUUUUUUGGAUGUUUUCUUGACCCCCCCCCCCCUCCUUAAUUUAUUUUUCAAUUUGAUCGGACCCACGUUGUUUGAGACGAGGUACAAAGUUUUAAUCACCACUAUAAGAACAAUUGGCUUAUUUGUACUCCAGUUAUUUAAGUAGCUGCCCCUGGUGAUAUCAAUACUGCUGUCAUGGUGUAAGGAAAUGCUUUCUUGUGUGCUGGAGACUCAAAGCAUCUCUGAUUAUCUCUACCAAAGUCCAAUGUCCUGUGGGUCUGGCACCCCUGUAUCAACUGGUUCAAAUCCCUCCAGUCAGAUGUAGUUUUUAACAAAUAUCUGUUUUUUCCGCUGUAUUUUUUUCACCUCCAGGGUUAGGAUGGGGGGUGGGAGUUGGGGUGCGCUCAGUUUCUUGUGUGAGAGUUUGCUCUAUGGGUUAUUUUUUUUUUUUUCUUGAAGAAAUUCUAUCAAUGGAGCUAUAUUUAUUUAAAACAUUUGAUUGUGAAACAGGUUUUUGUCCUGGUGAUAUUUGAAGGCAAAUGUUCUUAAAGGAAAGUGGAAUUGGGACCUUUUUAUGUCAUCUUUUUGGGCAGGGAGGGGACGGAACAAUCCCAUCCUGUGUUUUUCUUUUUCUUUCCUUAUCCUAAAUGAACAUGUGAGUCCUCCUCUGUGUUACCCUUCCAAGUUUUCCGUGAAAAUACUGCACACCAUUAUGUCACUAGAAAUCUUCCAUGUGCGAGAUGUCUUGGAGUGCAAAACUUGAAUUCCCCUCAGUACACACCUUUUUUUUUUUUUUUUGGUAGAUUUUAUUUGGAGAGCGGUUUAAUGAACUAAACCCUUUCCUGUUUUUCUUUUUCAGAGACACAGCAGUCUAAGUGAAAUUGCUCUAAAUCAACUUUAUCCUCAAUCGCCUGCCUUCCUUGUAUUACGUACAAUGCACACUUGCUUAAUGUGUCCUCUCGUGUCUUAGGGGGAGGAGUCCAGACGCAUUGUAAGCAUGCAAUUCACAGUUAAAUGUGCGACUCGUUGAUUUAUUUUGUGUGUGCGCAAACAGGUUUUCAACACUGCACUAAAAAUGUGGCUCUCCUUGUUGGCGUAUUUGUCUCCGUUUGGUUCAAGUGUGAUCUGGAUGGUUUGGGGUGUACAGGUCGUGUCUGACAUCUUUUUUUGUUUUCGUAAGGAUAUAAACAUUAAUCACAUAGAAAUAAAGAGCUACAAUAUGUGAAUGGAAGUUCUGUGUGGGGGAGGAGGUGUAACUGACCGUUGCUUUUCCAAUGUAAAAAUGAUAAUAAAGAAAAUGAACCUCA